GGUUAGAACCGCGUCGUGUGACCUUCUGCGUCACUACAUGUUCACUCAAGUUUUAUGAAUUCUGGUCAUAGCAGACUUCAACUAGAAGUUCUUCGUUUGUACCGAAAUUUUCUACGAACUGUUGAUUUGUUGCAGUUCAAGUCCAAGUUAGAAAAUGGUACUAGCAAUGUAAAUAACGGUUCCAACUUUGAUCAACUCAAAGAGUUUAUCCGUUCUGAGUUUCGAUCUCAAGCAAGUGCCUACAAAAAGACUGAUAUUUUUGGUAUAGAGGCAGCACUACGUCGUGGUCAGAGACGCCUUGAAGAUAUUAAGUCCGGAACUGUCGUAGGCAUUAGAAAAAUAUCCCUCCAAAAGGAACAAUGACAAACAGUAGACUGGCCGGAAAACUCAAACGUUUUGUCGAUACUCUUAACACAGAUCGAACAAACUAUGUAGCUUCUUUUGCUUAUGGAUCUGUCGUUUUUCCACAGAAGGACAGAACAUCAAGUAAUUCACUUAUUGAUAUAAUUAUAAUUGUUCGUAAUCCUGUGGAAUGGCAUCUGGAAAAUAUUUCUGAAAAUCCUAAUCACUACAAUUUUUCAUUUCGGAAUUAUGCCAAAAAGUACCAGUCAUCAAGCCUAGAGGUGUUUCUUUCUCGUAUUCCCGGUCCCAAAGUCUAUUACAAUCCGUUUAUUGAAUGGAGUGAUCCACUUGAUAAUACCAAACUGUCGUUUAAAUAUGGUGUAGUUUCAUUGGAUAAUCUACUCACCGAUUUGUGUGAUUGGUCACAUCUCUACUUAGCUGGACGCCUACAAAAGCCUGUAUUAUGGAUUCCUAGUGGGUCUGAUCUCUCUUCACCCCAAGUUUAUGAUGAAAAAUUGUGUGUAUCACAAAAUAAGAAUCUACUUGCGUCCAUAUCUUACUCAAUUUUACAAAAUUAUCCGACGAAUUUCCCAUUGAAUGAAUAUGACUUAUUCUACACAAUUUCUUCAAUAUCUUACACUGGAGAUUGGCGAAUGAUUAUCGGUGAAGAUCGACAGAAAGUAAGGCGCUUAGUGUCUGGUGAAAGCCGAUUAUCUGAAUUUCGCACGCUUUAUAAUAAUACAUUGGAUUCUCUCCAACUAUACGGUUUUUCUCUUAAACCAUCUUCAAAAUCUAAUCUCUGUAAAAAUGAGUUGCAUUGGUUUAAGCCAUGUAACAAUGAAUCUGAAAAUAUUUUUCAACUUCUGAAAAAUAUUCCCGAUCACAUAUGUUUACUUUCUGUUCAAGAGACUUGGAAUCAUAAUCCCAAUGAUGCUCGAACAUUUUUAUCAAAUUUAUCGCAUACAGAUAGAAAUAAACGGUUACAAAAUACUUUAUCUAAUAUAGUCAGAAAGUCUAGUCUAUAUCAAACUGGUUUAGGUUUAGUUUCCGCUGGACCUAAACGAUCUUUAAGAUAUGCAUUAGCAAAACUUAAUAAAAUGUUUGCUAGUUUAGGAUUAAUUAAAUGGAGCUAGUUGUUAUUAUACUGUUCAGUCUUAUUUACUUCAUAUCACGAUGUUAAAUAUUUUUUAGUACUGUUUCCCCCUUGUGUGUGAUUUUUUUGAAUGACAUUUUGUUUACUAUGACUCCAUUUCUUAAUAAUUUCUGUUAUCUAACAGUUUAGUCAUUUGGGUUAUUUUCGAAAUUUUCAUGCCCUUAUGAACAUUAAUGUACCAGAGAAAUAAAACGAUAAGUCUGAUUUUUUAAAAAUAUUUUAUCAGUUUCUGUUAAAAUUUUAUAACUUACAAAGAUGAGUCGUAGUGAACGAACGUUCAGGUGAGGACAACCAAUCUAUUGUUUAAUACAAAAUUACAGGGUACUUUUGCAAAAUGUGAAAACCAUACAUUAAAUACUUCAUUAGAAAACCUUCCAUCAAUUGCCCUUCAUCAUUCUUCCAAUUCUCAAUACCUUUAUAUUCCCCUUCCUGUUUUCUUUAGUCCAUUCUUCUCAACUUUCUUUUGACAGGCAUUCCACUUUUGAUCGCUGUUACAUACUACUUAUGUCUGUCGACGUAAAUAGCAUAAAUCACAGGGUCAGUUUAUACAUUACACUUUCAGUGGAGAAAAUACCUAAAACUGUGUGUCAAGAGUGAUAAUUGGAAAAAAAUAAUGGAAAUAAAACUAUAAGGUGUACUCUAGUUACCACAUAGUGAAAAGGGAACUUAUCUUCAUUAUUGGUGAACUCUUCAAAUAUCGAUUUCUAACGUAAAACAUCCGACCAGAAGUCCUUACAUGAUUCCCACCAAUAUAAGUGAUGAUAUGGACAAGUGCCAUGUCUUGAACAUAUUAAAAUUCCCAGUUUCUCUUAAGCCACCUAUUAUUCCACACAGUUAUUAAUGAACUGUUCUAUUAAUAAAUAUAAACGAAAAUUAUUUUCCUAUAAAUUUUUAUGGAAAUUGGUUGUUAUUAUCUUUACAUGCAAUCAGUCAGUCAAGAUGAAGUUCUUAACAAAGAAGAACACAGUUAUCAGUUCAAACUAAAGAUGAAAAUUAGUAAUUAAAUAUAAGGGAAAUACGAGAUAUUAAUUCAGGAUUAUGAUUUGAAUAACUCUUUUAGCUAGGAUUUUUGAAUGUUCAGGUGAAUAAACUAGGUCAGUUGAUAUUGAAAGAAUAGUAACCGAAAUAAUUAUGAAUAACGUAGGAUAAGAAGAACAAUGGUGUAAGUAACAAUCAGAUUAGAUAAUCAAUCACAGAUUACACAAUGAUAUGAAUUGGGUAAAAGGUCAUAAGAUCGAUUAAGUGGUAAAUAAAUCAGUCCAUUCAAGAAACUAGCCAUAAACUACAUUUUGAUUGAAAUCCAUGGGUUCUUUCUUUAUCUAUGAUCAAUAUUUACUAUUAAUUGUUUGAAAAUUCCCAUCGUAUCUGAAACAGAUAUAUGAACGAAUAAUGUUCUUUUUGUUAGUAUGGUGUUGUGAGGAUUGUUGAAUUCCUAUAAAAUCAUGAACUAAUCUAACUUCAGCUUAGGUCCUACAGUACUGCAUAGCAGGAUAUGAAUUUGAGAUUAUUGGUAAGGCAAAAUGAAAUCAUUAAUAUUGAAAUGAUUAAUGUAGAAUGUUAGCUUGAAUACGUUUGUAAGCUAGUUGGAUAUGGGGGAGUAGUAAUCGGAAUAAAUAUUUAAACAAUCUCCGAAACCUCAUGCUGUCAAUUACAUGUGCUCAUUAGUGACCUUCGAGACGAAAUUUCCUCAUUUCUAGCAAGAAGCCGUAACCAAUGAAGCCAAACUGUGUCGGAUGUGACGCAGUUACUCAACGAAGAUAGUGGAAGGUGGUCGCGUAAUUCCUCUGAUUGAUUGGAGCUAGAUCAUGGAAUCCCGUCUCAUUGGUCUGGAAGUUAAGCGUUCGAGCGCGAAACCGUAGGUUGUGGAUGCACACUUAUGAGUAGUCCCUUACUGGGACAAGACAGAAAUUCAGUUCUCCCAGUUCUGUUCUAACUUAAGUCGGUUCAUGAUUUCAAUGAAAUAUUUUAAUGGCCCGGGAUCUGACUUCAUUUGGAUAAUUUCUGAUUGCUAUCAAAUAACUGCUGUCGAAACAUACAUCCUAACUAUUCUCGUAUGUAAUUAUCUACUUAAAUCGCGCUAAUGAAUAACGAAAUUCAAUAAGUCAAAUACGAGAAUUAACUUCGAAUACGUAUAUUUCAUGUAGUCGUCGAUCCAG